AAAAUGACUAUGGAGCUGAUGGCCAAUCUCCAUUUUAUCUUAUUGCUCAAUUUGACUCCGUCAGUACCUGGAUCUAGCUUUUUGAGAGAUCUAUAAAAUAAUAGCAAAAGAGUCAUGAAAACUGCACCAAACAACAUAUAAGAUGAGGUAAGAACAAUAAUUGCAGGCGUGAUCAUUGUUGAAUGAUCUGUCUUUUUCUUUCAAGUAUCUAUACCCCCAAUUACAAAGAUUAUUAUGAUGUCAGGAACCCCAUAAAAAGGCUUGUCAAUUUAUGUUUAAUUCCAUAAAUUUGUAAAUAUUUCACUAGAUACCUAAGCUGGACUAGAAGGGUAAGGAAUCCUAAUAUUGCGUAUAUGAGCAUCAUAAUAAUAAAAGUUUUGCAUCCUUUAGCUGGCUCAUUUCUUUCCAUUUUACCUGAUUUUGA